AUGCAGUAUACCGCCGCAAACAUGCAGUUCGUCCCAAGCCAACGCGCCCACCGCGACAACUCGGCACAGCUGCCAAGCCUCCGUGGGACGCCGCUUAUUAGUUGGGACCAGGACUUGAACUUCACCACUGCCGAUUCUAGCAUUGCACUUCUUGAUACCUCACUUCCCUUGGCUUCUACCUCUUCUUUUUCUGCUCUGGUCACCCCCGAUAACACUUUCUUCGACACUACGAACUGGCACUCUCUCUCUCUACCCUCUGGCAAUGAGCAGUUUGCUCGCAAUGCGCUUCACCACAGCCUCGCUCCUGGAGGAAGUCCGCUUCUUAUGACCACCGAAGAACAUAUCAACCUCUUAGCCAUGGCACCUAACAUGCACACUACGUUCGACAUGAGUAUGACAACCCCAAUGGAGCCCAAUCGUUCUCAGUCUGGUUCCUCGUCGACAAGCUUCCAAAACCAGAACUCGUACUCACCAGAACACUCUCCUCCCACUAGAUUGUCAACUUCAACAAAAAGCAGCCCUCCUACUGAGCCCCCAACCAAGAUUGAGAAACGCAAAGCCAACACCCUCGCAGCUCGCCGGUACCGGCAAAAGCGGGUCGACCAAGUGUCUGGCCUCGAAGCUGAGCUCAAGCAGGCGAAAGCCGAAAGCGAUGAGUGGAAGGUCCGCUGUGCUAAGCUCGAGGGCGAAGUGGAAGCUCUACGUGCUCUCAUCCGUUCGCAAAAGUAG